CUACCUGUCUCUCUCGCCUUCCUCUUUGUACCCCCCUCCGCCGCCAUUGCUGCCUCGUAGCUAUCUGAAGAUCAAGGCAGCUCCAACGCUCCAGCUUAUUUUUUCCCCCGCAAUGAAGACCUUUCAGGCGGCGGCCACCGUGGCGCUGCUGCUGGUCGGCGCGACUCCGACCCAGGCGGCCGCCGACGGUCAGAACCCGCUGGGCAAGGUUCUGGAGCUGCUCGGCUCGCUGGCCGUCAAAGUGGCGUCCGAGGGCGAGGCCGAGCAGAAGGCCUUCGUCGAGUACACCAACUGGUGCGACGAUGCUGCCAGCAACAAGCGCAACGAUAUAAAAACUGGCGAGACAAAGAAGGGUGAUCUGGAGGCAUCCAUUGGCAAGCUGACCAGUGACAUCGCCGUAUCCGAGGGGAAGAUCGAGGAGCUUGUCAAGAGCAUCGCGACGCAGACCAAGGACCUGACUGACGCUACAGCCAUCAGGAAAAAAGAGGCGUCUGAGUUUUCUGCAAAUGAGGCAGAGCUGAUGGACUCGAUCGACACGCUCGGGCGGGCCAUCAGCAUAAUCUCGAAAGAGAUGGCCAAGAAUCCUGCGGCGUUCACCCAGUUAGACACCUCGAGCUUCAAGAGCCUGAUGAAGGGCCUCACGGCCGUCAUGGAGGCAGCGUCUUUCACUGCGGCCAGCAAGCAGAAGCUCACUGCGCUCGUGCAGGCAGGCCAGUCGUCCGACAGCGAUGAGGACCCGAUGGGCGCACCCGCCGCGACAGUCUACAAGACGCAUUCCAGCGAUAUCUUGGAUCUGCUCGAGGACCUCAAAGAGAAGGCCGAGGAGGACCUGGCAGCCUUGCGCAAGGCUGAAACAAACACCAAGCAGAAUUUUGAGAUGUUGGAGCAGUCGCUCACCGAUGCCAACGACAACGACAACAAGGACAUGGUGGACGAGAAGGCUGCAAAGUCGGCGGCGGAGGAGGAAAAGGCGGCGGAUACCAAGGACCUCGAGAUGACAAUCAAGGCCCUCACCGAUGCCAACUCCGUCCUGGAGAGCAUUAAGAGCGACUGCAUGCAGGUGGCGGCGGACCACGAGGUGACCGUGGCCGGCCGAAACGCCGAGCUCAAGGCCAUUGCGGACGCCAAGAAGAUCCUAGAGGACACCACCUCCGGGGCCGUGGCGCAGAGCUACAGCCUUGUGCAGCUCUCGGCUGGCCGUUCGCGGAUGCGGACGUCCGCGGACCUGAAGCAGGCGGAGGUUGUCACCGCGGUGCAGCAGCUGGCCAGGGCGCUACCCUCGCAGGCGCGAGGCCAGUCCCGCUUCGCGGCCUGGGCCAGAUAUAGUUGUCGGCUCUUCACAGGCACACUGGCGGUGCAGCGGGGCGCGCUGGCCGCAGCCAUCGCGCGAAGUGUCAUGAGCAAGUGCGGGGCAGGCGGGCUUGUCGGCAAGCCCGCCGUUGCAGGCGCGGCAAUUGCAGCGCCUGCAAAUGCUGUGACCGAUUCGGGGCCACCUCAGCAGGCCAGAGGUGAACUGGCACACGGGUGCCGGCGCCUGUUCAUCGACAGGGGUGGGCAGCCCAGCUCGCACCUCACCGGAGUGCCUCGUGAAGGCACAGUGGCGGUGCAGCGGGGCGCGCUGGCCGCAGCCAUUGCGCGAAGUGUCAUGAGCAAGUGCGGGGCAGGAGGACGCGGGGAAUGGAUGGGGGACGACGGGAACAGGGGUGAUUGGUUGAUGCGGGCUUGCCGUGCUUGCAACGGCUGUGACGGGCUCGGGGCCACCCAAGCAGGCCGGAGGUCGGUACCGCAGGUGUGCAGGCGUGGGAUGACAGGUGUGCAGGUGUGGACUGAAAGCAGGAUCACCUGCAAUGCCGCCGGGCACUGCCCUGGAGGCAAGCACGCUUGCUGGCCCUUUGCCACCGUCGCCCUGCUGCUCACGCCGCUGGGGGAUGCCUUUGUGGCGUGGCUGGCGGCGCUGCCAGAGAAGAUCGAGCGAGAGGAGGUGAACUUCCCGGAAGAGAGGCGGAAGGCCAUCUUCAAGCACUUGGAUUCGGCAAAGACGGGCUCCAUCACGCUGGAGAACUUCAAGGACAUGUUCAAGAGGAGGUUCACGUGCGUCAAGCAGAUCUCGGUCACCGAUGUGUUCGAGAUCGCCAAGAGCAAGACGACCUCCAAGAUAGAGCCCGGAGAGGUCCUCGAGUCGACGGGAAUGGCCGGCGCCAGAGCCGACGAGGGAGGCAUGACGCGAAUAGAGUGCAGGAUCGUCUCGAGCGGUGCGGUCGGCUUCGUGACCGUGAAGGGGAACGAGGGCACGAAGUACCUCGAUGAGGUCACGGCCUUCAGUGCCUUCACCGUGGGCAUGGACAAGGCCCUCGCCGAGGCCAGCAAGGCGAUCAACAAAGCUAGCGGGUUCCUCAGCCAGAAAGCCAAGGAGCUGUCCGCAAGCACGCCGGGGCCCCUGGCGGAGGCGAGGGCCGAGCUGUUGAAGCUGCGGCCCAAGGUCACCUCGGCCUCGCAGAGCCUCGACACCAUGAAGAGGAAGACGGUUCUCGCCAAGGCUGCCUUCGUGAAGAGGGAGGCGGAGGAGAGGAACGCACACAUCGUGGCCAAGGAGAAGAAGGAGGCCGACGCCGUGCUGGCCGUUGCCAGGGCAAAGGUGGACCCCAUGGAGGCCUGUGCCCGGAAGCUCGAGGAGGCCGCCGCGCCCGUGCUGGCGGCCGGCUCCGAGCUCGAGGCGUUCCCGACCCCGGCCGCCGCCCUGCAGGACGUCAUGCAGUUGUUUAACGACGUGACAGGAUGCGUGGGCGAGGCAAAAGCAUGCCUCAAGGAGGAGACGGAAAAGAUCCGGAAGGUCCUCAAGGGCCCCAUCCUUGAUGCCCAACGCGAGCUGAAGAAAAUGCAGAUGAGAUGCGAGACGCUCGCCAAGGAAUGCAAAGGCACAGUGGACAAGGUCAAGAAGGCCUGCAGCACAAUUUCCGCCGCGAAGUCGGCUCUCAUCUCGACUGCCAUGAGAGCAGAGGUGCAGAAGCGGGGCAUCACGGUCGAGGCCCUCUUCGACGAGUUGGCGGCCUCGAGCGAUCGGAUAUCGGAGGAGGCGUUCUGCAAGCACGCCUCGGCGGCCGUCGACGGCGCCGCCCUCCAGCCGGAGCACGUGCUCCUGGUCGCGAGGGGCAUCGAGGCGGACGGCGCUGGGAAGCUGCCCUCUGGGGCCGAGGCGGCGGGGAUCUCGAGGCGCAGGUUCGUCGCGUUCGUGCAGAGGUACUACACUGUGGUGAAGCCCAUCGCCAUCACGGAUGUCCUCGACGUCACGAAGGGCAAGACCAGGAGGAAGGCCGAAGUCAAUGAGGUGAUAGAGGUGUUGGAGGGCCCUUGUGUGGACGAGAAGCUCAAGAUGAGCCGGAUCAGGGGGAAGGCCCUCAGCGACUCCGUGGAAGGCUGGAUCAGCGUUCAGGGCAACCAGGGCACCCCUUUCCUCACAGAGGCGCAGAAGCCUUAUUACUGCUGCACCGCGGGGGCGCCUCUGGAGAAGGACUUCCAGACCACCGAGCCCCCCGUCCGGGAGCUUCGCCCGGACGAGAUAGUGGAGCUGCUGGAGGGCCCUAAGAAGGAGGCAUUCGCCCCCGCGCUGCGAGCCCGGGGCAAGGCCUGCAAGGACCAGGCCCAGGGCUGGUUCACGGCCCGGGACAAGAAGGGCACCGUCAUGGCGGAGGCGGAUGCGAAGUAUUACUCUUGCGUAACCUCGGUAGCCAUGACGGACGAGCUGGACGUGAAGUCUUGCAAGGUCGUCAGGAAGCUGGCCGUCGGGGAGCUGUUCGUUGUAACAGAGGGCCCCGUCGAGGAGAAGGAGGCGGGAAUCACGCGGAUCAAGGGCAAGGCGCUGAAAGACGAGGCCGAGGGUUGGAUCACCAGCAAGGGUAACGCCGGCACGGUCUACGCUGAGCCGAGCAAGAAGCACUGGUCCAUAGUGCAGGAGCAGCCCAUGACCAAGGCUUUCAAGAGCAACGGUCCGGUGGAGGAGGUCCGGUCGCUAGAGGCGGGCGAGGCCGUGCUCCUGCUCGAGGGCCCCAAGGAAGAGGCCUUCCCCCCCGACGUCCGGAUAAAGGGCCGAGCGCUCAGCGACGGGGCGAUCGGUUGGAUCACGCUGAAGGGCACCACCGUCAAGAAGUGGUCUCUGUUUUACAAGGUGCUGAAGAGCGGCCCUGCCCACGACGCCAGAUCGCCUGAGGGCGCGCAGGUGCUGAGGGAGACCACCGCGGGCGAGGUCGCCGAGUGGUUGGAAGGCCCGGUAGAGGAGGGCAAGGAGCUGAGGAUAAAGGCCAAGCUGCAGAAGGACGGCGUCAUCGGUUGGGUGAGCGUCAGGGACGCGGAGGGCAACAAGCUCAUGGAGAACGCCGCUUAGCGCCGCACUGCGCAGGGGUGUCCGCCUCGCGGCCGCGCCGGCCUCGCGACCGAGCCAGGCGCGGUGCGCAGGUCCGGCGCGCGCGCGGGCGGAGGCUGGCCAGGGCCCCGCGGCGGCGGCGGCGGCCGGGUCCGCGCACCCGUCCCGCGGGUCUGUGGCGCGUGCGCGCCACGCGCGCGCGCGCGCUCGUGCCGAGCGCGUUUAUGAGUUGUCUCUGCCGCGGGCCAGGUCGGGGUAAGCACUAUUUGGGUGUGCUGGUGCCCCGCGUGCCCGCGGAGGCCUCCAGAGCCCCCUCCCCCGCCCUUUCCCCGCGCGCCCCUGUUUCACGCUCGCCGCCUGUUGUGUGCAGUGUCCGCCUUCUUCUGGGACAGGGCCAGCACGGGCGCUCGCCCCGCUCUCGCCACAUAUCAGCCAUUCUUGAAGGAGUGCUCACCCGGGGCUAUUGAACAG